AUGCUACAGGACAAGGACUAUCAGUUCCAGUGCUGUGGCGUCGCAGAGAGGAUCGAGGUCAGCGGGAGCAGUCUUAAACUGCGAGUUUGGCGACAGGAUGGUGCCAAUUCGUUUGUGCUUAUCAGCGCACAAGAUUACCAGAUUACGGGAAAUCCAUACAACGUCAUUUAUGGAGAAAGACUCUCAUUCCGAGAAGGUGACUGGAUAGGAUGGACCGGCAGUACAGUAGACGGUAUUUCGGACGCGGGUUAUAAUCUUAACUGGAUCUCUGCUACGAGCUUCCCGUCGUCAAAUAUCAAGACCACACACAACUGGUAUAACGAAAGCGUAAACAGUGGACAGCAAUUCCAGAUAAAAGUGCAUGCAACGGGAUCGACAGCGCCAUACUUUAAGAACUUACCGGCAAAACUGCGCUUGCCCGACACCGAGGUACAGACUGGCGGCAUCAAUCUGAUUACCCUAACGGUCAAUGACCUCGAUCCCGAUGACAAAGACGAGCUUUACGUCACCAUGUCACCAGGCUGGGAAGACGUGUUCGAAUAUGACGCCACAACAAAGAUAGUGACGACGAAAGUGAGUCUGGACGUGGACGUUAAUUACAUGGUGUCGUUCCGGGUGGAGGAGGAACACUGUGGGGUAUCCACCACCGCUACCCUCACUGUCACCGUGUACGACAGUAAGCCGUCCAUCACGAACCUUCCGGCCUUCACGACGCUGCACGAGGAUGUCGAGGAUGAGCAGUUGCUGUACACUGUCACCAUGUCAGACCCCACCAACCAGGCCAUGUGGUGCAAGGGUGAAUGGCUCACCAGCAAGCCCUUCCGGGUCAAGAUGAUUUCCACCGAGCCCGGGGACUCUAAGGCCGGUAUAUACCUGAUAGAAGACCCUCGACUCGAUUACACCGCAAACCAAAAGUACGACUUAAAGGUCCUCUGUUACGACACGUAUGAACACGAAGUCAGUGGUAUGUACUAUGUGAACAUCCAAGAAAACAGGAAACCCAUCUUCAGAAACCUGGCCAAUGCUAUUGAGAUUGACGCCAGAGAAGUGAUUUCCGGCGCCACCGUGUUUACAAUAUCAACUAAGGACGCUGACGAUGACAAGAUAACGUUCGGUAGCGUUAAACCAGUUUGUGACAAAACCGACUGUCCGUUUGCAGUUUUCGAUUCCGGAGAAGUGCGCGUGACGGCAAACCUGCUGUUUACGCCAAUACAGACGUAUACGUUAUCGAUCCCCGCAACAGACGUACGUCAAACGAUCACCAGUAGAAAGCUUGUCAUCCAUGUCAGCAAUCGGAACAACGCGCCGACGUUCAACUUCACAGCUGUUAGCAAAACUAUAAAUGUCGCUGAGAACUCCGCUCUUGGCACAUCCCUCUUGCAGCUGUCGGCUACCGACGCCGACGACGACCCCCUGACGUUCUACAUGUCGGUCAUGCCGCCGGCGGGAUAUCAGCUCUUUGAGCUGACCAUCAAUGGCGAAUUGCGAACCCAUAGCAGCAACAACAUCGACCUUGAAGCGGUAUCAGCUACAGCAUUUACGAUGGAAAUAGCUGUACACGACACCAAACAGCACACUCUCGAUACGUUAACGCUGAAUAUCAUAGAUGUAAACGAGGCGCCGGAGUUUCUGCAGCCAUAUUAUAUGAGUCGCGGAGAUGAGUCGGAUACCGCGGGGCAAUUUCAUAGCAAUCCAGGGAUCGUGGCUUUUGAUCCGGACAAUGGAGACACGUUAACAUAUUCCCUUGACUGCGGUCAGUACGCCGACUACUUCUCGAUAGCGUCGGACGCGUCAGUUGUCAGUCUGUUAAAGGCGUAUGACCUGGAUGACACCACCGCUGACCUCCCGUCAUUACUGGUCUGCAGUUUGGUGGUUAAGGAUAAUGUGGACAACAAUGCCACAGCCACACUGUAUAUCACCGUUGACUACAUCAAUGACAACCCAACUACUUUUGACAAGCCCUCCUAUGCUGUUACCGUUCGCUCGGACACACCUCUUGGCUUCACAAUCCUUACGGUGAGAGUUUCAGACGCUGAUCGGGGGAAUAACAUCACGCAGAAGCUCGAGUUGGAUCAGACGUCACUUCAACCAAGUGGCGAUCUCUUUGUCAUACAUACGGACGGCUCCAUUCACGCCAACAAACUACUCAACGAGACGGUUUCCUAUGGUACUAAAACCAUUCAAGUUAUAGCAACGGAUCCCGAUGAAUCGAAAGUGACGGCAAAUAUUGUGAUAACGUUCGUUGACGCCUCAGUAACCCCCGUCGUAGUAGAAGACAGAGAUAGACUGUUCAUUGAAGACUUCCGAAACAUCUGGUGGGUGAGCGCAUGCGCAAUGAUCAUGUCCGUUUGCGUGUUCCUCGUGCUAUGCAUAACUUGCGUGACAUGCUGCUUCAAGGGGGAACCACUCAUCAACGUGAAUGCGAUUAAAGCCAUGUUCCGGCGACAGCCUAAACCGGAAAGCAAAAUAGAGAAAAAGAACAAGAAAUUUGGCGGCCAAAAACAACCCGUGUACCGCCACAUCCACUCGAACGAGAUCCUGAGACACUCCCCCGUUCCUGUGGAGACCAUAGAGGCAGACGACAUGUCCGUGCGCGCCAACAGCAUCAUGAGCGGCAGAGUCUCCGCCUCUGAUGUUAAAGUGAAAGAAAACAAAACCAAAAACAAGAAGAAAGUGGAGCCGUCAUGGAUGGAUGGAACCGCCACGCCAUCGGUGCGCCAGGCCCCAGUGAAGGCCGUUGCGAAGGCCAAUCCCGAGGACUGGGAAUAUCUGAACCCCAGGAAGAUGGGCGAGAGCCCCCGCCAAAGCCAGCCGUACACCCCAUCCGAGUACAUAACCUCGGCCAAGCAGGGCAAGAAUGAGAAGAAAUUGUCUGGGAAAACAGUUAAUAAAGGACUCGGGGUGUCGUCGAGGGUGGACGUUAAUCCGUCUCCGGUCCAGAUGGACAACACGAUGGACCUGGAGGACGAUGACUUCCGGUCAGAACGGCUGUCCAUCGCGUCGCCUUCGUCCAUGAUUGCAGAUGACUAGAACGCUGACAUUCCUUACUUCCAUAAGAUUGUGCUUUCAUUU